AUGGACAUGCGAGGUCUCGCCCACUUUAUUCGGGACAUCCGUCGUGCAACUGGAAACAAGAAGGAGGAAGAGAGUCGCGUGGAUGAAGAACUCGCAAAGAUACGCGCCAAGUUCAUUCAAACUAGCACAAUGACGACAUACGAUCGAAAGAAGUACGUGUGCAAGUUGAUGUUCAUCUCGAUGCUCGGCUACCCCAUUACCUUUGGCCAUAUCGAAGGCCUGAAACUCAUGUCACAGGAGAGCCCGUCCGCCAAGCUCAUCGGGUACCUCUCCACUUCCGUGCUGCUGAACGAAAACAGUGAUCUUCUGACGCUCACCACACACACUGUGUAUCGGGACCUUCUCUCGGCAUCUGACUUGAGUCGCAGUCUCGCCCUCUCAGCCGUCGCGAACACGGGAAGCCGCGAUUUUGUAGAGGUGAUGCACGAAGGCGUCUUUUCCAUUGUCAUGGAUGACAGCAUCAACCAGCACAUCCACAAGAAGGCGCUUCUGACGCUGCUGCACAUUUAUCGCAAGUACCCCGAGAUUGUUGAUCUGAAUACCGUGAUUCCUAAGGCGGCAGAGCUGCUUCUAUCGACACAGGACGGUGUCAGCAUGUGCGCUGUGACAUUUCUUAACGGCUGCAUCAGCAAGGAGUCGAGGCACCUUUACAGAGGCAUCCCCGAGAAGCUGAUCCAGGUUUUGGCACGCAUCAUUCUGGAAAAGCAGACGGAGCCAGGCUACGUAUACUACGGUGUUCCAGCACCAUGGCUUCAGGCGAAGCUCCUGCGGCUGCUGCAGUAUUUCCCGCUUCCGUCGGAGGCUGACCAGCGCAACCGCAUAAUCCUCGUUCUCCGAAAGGUUGUCAAGGCGACGGAUAAGGUGCUGAAGGAUGCGCAGGCGCAGCAGAAGCAGCGUGGCACGCAGAGCCGCGUCAGCGCUAUGAACGCGGUGCUGUUCGAGGUGGUGUCACUGUGCAUCCAGUGGGAUGUCGGCUCCAAGCUGAUUUUGGAGUGCGUGGCCCUCAUCAGCUCCUUUCUCUCCGACAAGCGGGAGUCGAAUCUGCGCUACAUCGGCCUUAGCUUGCUGGCCCGGCUCAGCUUUGUGGACGUCCCCGGCUUCAACUUUCAGAUGCACUGCCGUCAGCACCAGCCUCAGAUUAUCGUUAGCCUGCACGACUCAGACGCCUCGAUUCGGAAAAAGGCGCUCGAUGUCCUCGUGGCUAUGUGCAACCGGAGCACCGCUGACGACAUCAUCAAGGAACUCAUCUCCUACCUCCCCAUUGCCGCGGACCCCAACUUCAAGACGAGCCUCGUUCUCUCGAUCGCACUUCUAUCAGAGAAGUACUGCAAGGACUACAAUGUGUAUGUGGAUAUCAUGCUCACCGUUGUGUCGGAGGCAGGUGAUCUAUGCCCGCCAGAUAUCGUGCACCGCGUCGUUCAGGUUGUCGUCAACGAUCCGUCCGUGCAGAAGCGUGCGGCGAACAUAGUCUUCCAGGAACUACGGAAAAAGGCAAACGUGCCAGAGGUGAUGCUGCGUGUCGCUGCGUUCGUGCUCGGCGAGUUCGGCUACCAGAUCGCGCUGAACACCGAGAGCACGCCGAUGGUGCAGCUCAACCUCCUGACACAGAAGCUGAGCUUCACCUCGGUGGUCACGCAGAGCAUCAUCAUCAGUACAUUUUCCAAGUUCUACACGCUCUAUGACGACGUUGCGGUGCGCGAGCGCAUUGUGAAGACGCUGCAGGCGUACACCAACAGCCCGCACCCGGAGUUGCAGCAGCGUGCAACAGAGUUCAUUGCACUGCUGGAGUUUGCGCGGAGUGAACUGCUAGAGAAGGUCUUCGAGCCCAUGCCACCUUUCCGAGACGAUGUGAGCACUGUCAUGAACCAGGUGAAGAGGUUGCAGAGCAGUGUGCAGGACAUUUGGGCCCUGAAGAUUCUCGAGCGCGGCGUGGAGGGUGUGAGCCACACGGGCAAGCGCAAGCCUAAGUCGGAGUCCGCCGAUAAACAGAAGGACCAGGCAAAGCGAGGAAUCUCACUGAACGAUCCCUCGUCUGUGUCGACGGCAGUCCCUCUGCAAGGUGACAACACCGACCAGGCCUACGCGGAGCUUGACGCCUUGCUCGACGUGUCCCUCCCUUCCCAGGAUGUGGAUCGUGCUCGCAGCGUCUACGAAGAGCACCGCCGCCGCCUCUUCGAGCUUUCGCGCGCUGACAAGGGCGUGCUCUUCUCGAACGAGUCGAUCGAGCUUCAGUGUACCAAGUCAACGUACGGGGCGGACAGUCGGAUGACGGUGGUGGUGCGUGACAAGACAGGCGAGGGUCUCGUGCAGGUGGCAGUGGAGGUCAUCCGUGCCGAGGCGGGGCUCAUUGUGCAGUCGCGCACAAAAGACGGGACCACUGUGGCACCUUGGGGCACAAUCACAAUCGAGUUUGCCGCCCGCUCAUGCUUUGCCUUUAGAAGCCCGCCGAGUGUGCGAAUGCAGUACGCGCCGGCGUCCGACAGCGCGCGCGUGUGCACCGACGUUCUGUCACUGCCAAUCCUUCCCACGACUUUCUUCACCCCAUACCAGGUAGACUCGGACGCCAACUUUAGUCGGCUGUAUGAAACAACAAAGCAGGCAUCGACCUUCGCCGGCUGGCGCAAGGCGGCGUCGCCUUCGCGGAGGGUAGAUGUCAACGCACUCAUCCAGCUGCUCGAGCUACAAGGAUACCGGACCAAAAUGACUGGAUCGGGCACCAUCGUUGGCGUCGCCGCGUUCGCGGUGCAGCCGAAGGAGCGCGUCGAGUACGUACCUGUCGUGUGCGAGAUACAGACAUCCGCAAGUGAAAUGCAGGUGUUUGUGUACACCGAGGAAUCGGUGCUUCAGCAUGGUGCCCUGGACACAGUGGAGUUCUCCCUACAAUAG